GCUGAUUUGCUGAACAGAACCGGUAGGCUUUCGAGGGUAUCACGUUCGCUCCAUCUUUGGACAGAAGUUGCUUGUGCACUUCUGGCCCUGCUUGAAGAGCGGCACUGUCCAAGGAUUAGGGCUUAGCGGGGUCCGCCCGCAGAUUUUGGGGGCCAGAAGAAGCCCAGAAAGGAAAAAUAACGCCGUCAACUUGAUCCUUGGUGGAGCGGUUGACUUGUCUUCUCAGCCUCAACGUUGCCAAAUCAGUUUGCCCGAGCGUUAUAAUUGGCCGUGAAAAUGUUAAACGGGAUGGCGCAAAUCAGAGCUCCUCCAGUCUGUCCCCGCCGCCCAAAUGCAUCCACCAGAUUGGGCGAGUUUGCCUGAAUCUUCCAGGCACCAACUGGGCGGUUGAGGCUGCCUGGUGGUGGUGGUGGUGGGAAGAGCCACGAAUGACAAAAAAAACUUCAUAUCAUCUUGUUCAUGAAUCCGCCCUCAUUAAUUGCCAAUCAAGGUUAAAUAAAAUGGAGCUCAGGCAGCCAGUAGAUGGCGGGCUCUUUCUGUGCAGACUUGCCCUGCUGGCCGUGGGCGUUUUGGGCAUUUUCAUGGCAAGAAAGCGGGUCGGGAAUCAUGCAAAUGUUACCUAUAGAUGGUUGCUUGGAAUUCUGAAGAUGGCAACAGGUUUUUGUUGUGCCCGCCCUCAUUUAACUAAACAGAUUGAUUUGAAGACCCUUCCUUACGCUGUAACUGCACCCUCGCCAGUGGACAUUGGUAACUGGGCUGUUAACGUAGUCAACAACCAGUCUAGCUCACGACAUCCCAGUUGGGCAGAUAUGCAGAUGACUUGUCUUCACUGAAUGAUUGCUUUCCAAGUUAUGUUCGAUGAAGUGUCUGGGCAGUUCAUAUCGUCGUGUCUUUGUCAAUUACUCAUUUAGUUGCCUGCCUGUUGCCUAUGAGAGGCAAAGCUUAAUUACGCAUUCUCAUCUUUUUUUUUUUUUUUCUUAAAUUCGUAUCAUUAACAUGAUUCCUAGAUUCCUAAGAAUAUACAUCACCACUAUGAUAUGCUCUAAUACGGAAGUCCCUGUCCAUUCAGCGAGAGCCUUGGAGACGUUUAAGGGUAUGCUGACGAAAUCUACAGCCCAAACUUCCACUUCUUUUAUCUUUAGAGCCUGUGUAUUAUACAUAUGUUGCCCGAAGAGAUUGCGAGAUACAACAUUGAUAGUACCUAGUACCUACACCCUGCGCGGCCUUACGAUUUGUCCAGCUCAGGCCCUGACUAUACUUCAGCAUGGCUAUUGCGGGAGCCUCCCUGAGACAAAGUGCCUGACAUGGC